GUAUUCCUGCCUGGCACGGCACUCCGUCGAUCCUGUUUCGGUGUGCACUGUGCUGGCUGCAUCAUCUCACCAUCAGUCACCAUGAUCAUUAAGAGGAACAGCCUUUCGUCUCGCCCAUCUAUGAUCCUACCUGCAGGCUACAUCCUCACCUACCUUCUUCACCGACACCAUCGGCUACGGCCACGACAUCUCCGCAACAGCAUCGAUGCUGGUUGGCGAGAACUGCCGUUGAGUACCCCUGAUCCCCCACUCCCCGGUCGCACGGGCACUUUCCGGCCUGCCCGCUCGUGUUGCAAUUUGACGGAGCAUCAAGCACUCCAACAAACCGUCCCGAUCACGUCAAUCCUAUAUCUUGUCGCCCUCAAGGCAUAAGCUUCUUUUUUGCUGGCUCUUCGACGACAAGCAGCAGCAUCCGCUACUUCGUAUUCCAUUGAAUACAUCCUGUCGUCUGCUCUGGCGAGGGUUGCUUGACCAAGUGGUUCGAGGUGAGUGGGGCGGCGGCACCGAGCCCACAGGCAUGCGGCAUGGCAGUGCU